AUGAUAUGCGGUAACGCCGCCCUGCUGUCCGAGUCUCCUGAUCAUAAAUCGAAAGGCAGGAAAUUCAAGUUCAGCAGGUCCAUGAUGGGUAGGUUCCACCGGGACGGUUCGCUUGACCGAGCCACGCGGUUGAAGGAGGCGCAGGACCGCCGAAUCGGGUACCUUGCAGCCCUAAAGAAGAGAGACCAACAGCAAGAACGCGGUAGCCGUCACCACGUUAACAGCGAACGCCUCGAAAAUAAUUGGCUCGACAGAGGCGAGAUUCAUGACCAAGGUGUCGCGUCGGCUGCCGGCAAUAUGGUAGGUAUAGCAGAAAUGGCCGCUGGUUCUCCCUUCCCCCGUGGUUCCCACAGCAGCCCGAGGUUCCAGCACACAUCAAAAAGGCUGCCCAUUCCGAACCGACCAUCCACGACGCCAGCGGUGUCACCCACGGGGGCAGUAUCACCGGCGAGGAUCCGUGGGUUACCUCAAAGGGAGAACCGCCAGGCUGCCAAUGAGCGGGCGGUCCGAGUCUAUAGCGCCGGUGCACGCGCCGGUCCCAACGGUGGACGAAACCCACAUCCACCGGUUGUCUGUAGAUCGCCGCCGUGGGACGACAGGACUCUACCGACAACUGCUGACCCACAACGGCGACGCUUGAGCCCCCGGGAGAACGGACGCCACCCUUUGCCUUGGCCUUUGGACGACAUCGGUGUCGGAGGGAGGCGCCAGGCGUGCGACGCAAAUCAGGAGUGGUUGGAUGGCGCAGACGAACCCGUUGUCGGGGAGCCAAUAGCGGCUCCACGGGAGCACAAGACGAGCUCAGCGAACGAGGGGCGAGCUUGUUCUCCGCCCGCGAGGGCACAUACUCCGGAAGAAACGCCCGCGAUGCAGCGAGCCCGCCGACUGGAGCUGCAGCGGCUCGCCAUCGAGAAGAGGGAGCUAGAGGCACAGCUCGCGGAGGUCAAGCAGCUCUUGCGGGCAAGCAAGGUGCCGUCGACAAAGGCAAAAUCCGUCGGGCUGCCCUGUGAAGCCAUCAGGGAGACAUCUCCGACGAAAUCUCAUGGAGAAAGACCAGCACGGCGCAGAAGAAGUAGAAGAAGGAGAAGGCGGCACAAGCGGCGGUCGCCGACGACGGAGAACGAUUUUGUGGUGCACGACGGAAUGAAGACCCGUCCUCGUCGCUCCAGCGGAAAAUCAGAAAAGGGAAACGAGAGGCGCGUGGAGUGCCCUGCUUCGCCCGAUCGCGGCCGGUCUGCCUCCGACUCCGCCCGUGAUGAAGGGUACAGCAGUCCUAGGAGGAGAAGGAAGGACGGUGGCCAACCAGGCCGUUGCGAUACGCGGGAGAGGCAGCCACAGGUUAUCGGCAGCACGAGAAGCAGCCCCAAGAGACGAGCAGGAAGUGAAAAGGCGGUGGAGUCUACUGCUAUCCCGCCGGUGGCAUUCAACAGUUCGGUUUCGAUAGGCAUGGCAGCGAGCGCCGGUCGGGUAGAAGGGCGUUCUCCUCAGCGAAGAAGGCACCUCGAUGCUAGACGAGAAGACUAUGUGCCGGGAAGGAGACUGCAGCGACCGAAGUCUGCGGCGCGGCGAACGCGGGCCUCUCCGUGUCCUCCCAUGAAGAGCUCCAUCGCCUACGGGAGUCCUCCGGACAACGGGGGUUCGGAGGAUGGACUGUUUCCACAGCGAAGACUGGGCCGAAGGAGGGAAGAGUCUGGCAGCCGUCGUUCGGCCUCGGCACGCCGGGAUCGGAGAGUCCGAGCAGCCACGGGCGCGGAUGGCCCGCGCGCCUCUGGCCAAGGCGACCCCCAGAACGUCGACAGUGGUCUCUACUCGUCUUCUUACGAGGAAUACUCGGUCGGCACUGCGGGAGGCCCGCCGUCCGUUCCACUCCCUCUCAUGGUUGUUGAGGACGACAACGGCAAGCCAAAUGUCUCAGUCGAUCCUGGUGGGCCUAAUCGGCCGGGGGUGUCCCUCGGGCCAACUUCGGGAGACAAUGAUAUCCCCUCCAAUAGCUACGCAGAGCCGACAACAGAUGAUUCGCCAACGCUUCGCAGAGAAGAGGAGAAUCCACCAGCAAGCAUCGAAUCCUCUUGGGAUCAGGUAUCGACUGAUCAACUUCUCCCGCCUCACAGUGGAUCAACGGUGAAACAGACGGGCCACGAAGCCGGCGGCGAAGAUGUCGACAGGCGUCGGCCUGGGGGGGACGGUUCAGUUGACCGUAAUGAUGCCGAUGUCUCGGUGCCGCACGACGACCGGGGUUGGGCUGAGUCCGUCGGGAAGCGGUCGCAGCCCGGCCGGCCGAGAGCCGGUGGUACCCGUGCCGGUGGGGACAAGAUUGGUGGCGUCAAUGGGGAUGAAUUCGAGCUUAACCUGUCGUUUGAUGAGUUAUCCAUCGCCGAAGGGAGCUCCUCGCUUGUUGAGCAGCCACUCGAACACGAUGGGGCAGUGAAGCAUGGGGUCGCAGGCAAGCAACCUUUCGACCAGCUUUCCACGGGUGAUGAACCGAGGGUUGGGCAGACUGGCUCGAUCCUCGAACGCCACAGGCGCGACGAGCGACCAUACGUCGAGGGCGUCCCCGCCCAUCACCGGGGUUCUGUCGAUUCGGGAAGCCACGAUCGCAAGAGCCAGUUAGACACGGACGAACCUUUGGGCCACCACGUGUGGUCUCUCGGCAGCCAUACGGAAGAGCAACACCGGCGGAUGUCCGAAGAGGGCUCUGGCGUCAAUGUGCGGACUGCUCGAGGGUCUAGUGGUGACGGUUUGGCAAACGGUGAGCAUCGCAUAGAGGAGCAAGCAGAGACGUACAGUGAUUCGUUCGAAGAUGCCUCGGUUAUCCGGGAGAGUCAUCGAGCGUCUCUUGGCCACGAAGACUUGCACGAGGACAUUAGUGGACACUUUGCCGUCGAAGAGCACGAGCUUGUUGGGAAGGCAGUGACAGCUGGUGUCCGGGAGGCUGUCACGGCAGGAGGUCCUGUGGAGGGCGAAAGCAGCGAUGUUCCCGCCAUGCAAGACGACGAGAUCGACGGUGCAAUCAGGGAUGGGAUGGCCAUGGAGUUGGCCGAAUCUUUCGACGAGCUGUCGUCGCUGGAAAAACGAGAUGGAAUGCACGGAGAGGAAAGCAGUGGCACGCAGUUCGAAGAGGCGGGGAAGUCCUAUGCCGAGGGGUCCAAUCGUGGUGCAGCUUGCGUUGAGGUAGACCGCAAUACUACCGUCGGCAACUACCAGCUCGGACAAGAGGAAUCCAUGGACGAGUUGUCGUCUCUGGACAAGCAAGGGGAGCCGCACCAAGAUGCAUCCGUUGGUGGAGUGCCAGUAGAAGGAGGAUCAUCGAUCGAUGAAUACUUCAGCGGUGGUGCACGAACUAUUGACGAUACAGCCCCGGGUGGUAUCGGGAACAACAACCAACUACAAAACGAGAAGUCCCAGGAAGAGUUGUCGACUCUGGACAAGCAAGGGGAGCCGUACCAGGAUGAGUCGGUUGGUGGGGUGCGGACAGGAAGAGAAGAAUCGUUUAUCGGCGAAUACGUAAUCGGUAGCGCAAGAACUAUUGACCACACAGCUCCGAGUGGCAUCGGGAGCAACAGCCAGCUCGGAAACGAGGAGUCCCUGGACGAGUUGUCGUCGCUGGACAAGCAGCCAUACCAGGACGGAUCCGUUGACGAAAUGCCGCCAGGAGCGGAGCCACCUACCGACGGAAGUUUCGAUGGUGGCGCACGUAGUAUCGAGGAUGCAACCUCUGGUGGGGUCGGGAGCAACGGCCAGCUCGGAAACGAGGAGUCCCUGGACGAGUUGUCGUCGCUGGACAAGCAACCAUACCAGGACGGAUCCGUUGAUGAAAUGCCGGCAGGGGGGGAGCCACCUACCGAUGGAAAUUUCAAUGGUGGCGGACGUAGUAUGGAGAACGCGGCCCCUGGUGGAAUCGGGAGCAACGGCCAGCUCGGAAACGAGGAGUCCCUGGACGAGUUGUCGUCGCUUGACGAGCAAGGGGAGCCGUACCAAGAUAGAUCCGUUGAUGAAAUGCCGGCAGAAGGGGGGCAACCAACCGAUGUAAAUUUCGAUGGUGGCGCGUGUCGUAUGAAGGAUGCAGGCCCGGGCGGUAUCGGGAGCGACAGCCGGCUCGGAAGCGAGGAGUCCCUGGACGAGUUGUCGUCGCUGGACAAGCAAGGAGAACCGCACCGAGAGGGGUCCACGGAGUGGGUGCCACCAGACCAGACCAACAACUAUGGUGGGAAGAAGCGACUUUCGCGUGAGCAGCUUGAUGCCCUCGAACCGGCGUCUCAACCACUAUACCCGGGUGAAGAGGAGAGGAUAUCAGCGCCACACGAGGAAGUAGGGGAGAUGUCCCUUGAUGAAUAUUUAUUGGACGGGCAUGACUCGUCCUUCGGUGACCUGCUAUCGCUGGGAAGGAGCUCACUUGAUAGUGGUCAGUCACUCAGUGGAGACAAGCACUCGCUUGACCAAUCGAUCGGCGGACUCUCUCCGUCGGAUGGGAACGACUCGUUGUUUCUCGAUGGAAUAUCCAUUUGUGGAUCUAUUGUGUCAGAAGGCGGCAAAUCUCUGUCUCUCGGCGAGCAGUCUUCAUCGGAGGACAUGGUGCUGUAG